UAAAAAAUAUAUUCCCACAUUUAAAGCAAAACAAAGGGAAAAUCUAGCAGAGUUAAUUAAACAAAAAGGUGUGGAAAAAUUUAGAUUUUAUUUCGUAAGAAAUAAAAACCCCCUUGAAGUGAAAAUAGAAAAUUUUAUUAAAUUUCGUGGAGCGGGGAAAAUUCGCUUAAGCAAAUUCUGGUUGCGCCGCGUUAAGUGUUCGUUGCUACCAUCCAUCCGCUAGCUAUGAAUGAAGCAACUCCUGAAAGUCUUUAGGAAACGGGUCGACAAGAGAAAAAGAAGCGUCGUUGAAAAAAAGUUGGCCUUUCGUUGAGUAGCCUCUUGAAGUCGUUGAAGUUUGGUCACUUCUGGCUGGUUCGACACUUACUUCUAAAUUAUUGAGUUUGUGAAAUCAACUAGCCAUUCAUUCAUACAUUGGCAGGAGUCAUCAAGGAUAUCAAAACACAUCAUUCGAAGUCAAAUAAAAUAUACCAUAAUGGCCAAAAACUAUGUUAAAUGAUGAAUGCCAAUACUUUUGCCACUGGAAAAAUCUAUUCGAACAUCCCAUUGUCUGUGGUCAACACAACACUUCCCUAUCGUUGCUAUACUCAGCUACACUGCACAGCAACACUGACACUAACACCCACAUCAACAACAGCAACAACAUUCACACCGUGACCAACACCAUUUCCCAUACAGACAUACUGUUGUACUCAUCAUUUUGCUACACUAACACACUGACACUGCAACUGGGAUAGGAGUGUGCGUGUGAGUGUGUGAAUUGCACAAUAAACAAUGAAAUUUUAUGCCACAUGUCAAUAUAAAUGCGGUGCUGACAACAACAAUCUACAAUCAACAACCACGAACACCAAUACCAAUACCACCACCAAUACGUCGACCAGCAAUACCAUUACCAAUACCAACAAUCCAAACAACUGCCAAUAUAAUUGUCGUUUGGGCCAUGAUAUAAUGGCCACUGGUAGUGGUGAACGGCCAGUGGACAAUACAACGAACUCACCAACCUCCCUGUAUAGCAGCAGUUGCCCCCAAUUGACCCAGUAUCGCAGUUUGCCCCGAAACCUUUAUAGUGCAAUUAGGAAACCAUUGGCGCCGCUGCAACAUCAGCAUCAGCAGUGUUUGAACGACAACAACGACGAGUUGCUGUUGCCCAGCGUUUGUAACUUUGCGGGGGAUCAGACGUUGCGCACCAACUCGGAGCAGGAACUCAGAAGAUCGACCGUAGGACGUGGCCAUCAUCGACCAUUGAAUAGAAAUCUGAUAUUGUGCAAUAGGUGUGCGGUGUGACGAAGGUAUAACCUAAGCUGUGAACAUCCGCCUCCUCUAUUGCCACCCAAGGAUUUUGCCAACCCAGAGGAUCAAAAGAAGUCGGCAAACGCCGCACAAGCGCAGACUGUCUCCAUAGCCUCUUCGGCGGCGGUCGAAACUCAAAGGGUCCUAUGUGAGAAUUGCCGCUUCAAUGAUCAGCCAGUAGUGUGGUGGGUCUCUUGUCCUCGUCUAGCCCAUCAGCAAGGCUCCACGCAGAGUCUCAGGGAGUUCACCAAUACCCGAGCUCAAUUCCUAGCCAUGCAACAGAGCAACAAUAACAACAACAAUAACAAUGAAAUGAGAGGCCACACAAAUAUGGGAGCGCUUAGGCCAGAGGCCAGCAUCAGUGGCACCACGGGUAUGUUACCUAAGCCAGCAAUUAAGACUGGCACUGCGUCCUCCGGAAUCUCCUCCACCGCGAUGAAUGCAGCCAAUCAGGCGUACGCCAAAACGACUAUUAACACUGCCUCCUCGAAUGUCAGCACAAAUCCCACUGCCAUGGCCACACCAUCACCACCUCCGCCACCGGUGAUGAGGCCUCAUCACCAUCGCUCCAUUACAGCUUUGUCAGGAUUAGAUCUUUAUGACAACUAUGCCGGAGCAUCCACACAUGUACCCUCCCAGUAUGGCUCGACCUGCAGGCGUCAUAUCAAACAGCAACAAUUGCAUGGCCAUCAGCCAACCUCCCACCCCACCCAUGGCCAACAUGUGCACCAUGCACAUCCUCAUCCUCAACAGCAACAACAGCAGCAGCAACAGUAUUCCACAUGUUGUAGUUCCUAUAAUAUAGACCAUAAAAUGCAGACCCCCUCCUGCAUGUGUGGCAAAUUGUAUCAUCAACAGGUUAGCAGGGCACCUCCCCGAGAAUCCUUGGCGCCUCCACCUCAUCAUGCCAUGCAUGCACAGGCCGCCACCAACAAUCGGGCAUGCAAUCACAAUUUGUAUUACGGUGCUGGUCUCGACAGUUGCAUGCAUCAAUUUGAAGAUCAAGAUUCGGGAUUUCCUGGUCUCAGAGAUCAGGAGUUUUAUCUGUUGCAUCGCAAUAUACCAGCCUUAAGGCGUACCGGUGUCGAUACGACAGGCAUACGUCAACAUUUCUAUCCGGAUGGUGGUUGGGGUUGGAUUAUUUGUGGCAUGUCAUUUUUAAUACACAUACUAACGACGGGUUUGCAAUUGUCCUAUGGCCUGACCCUGUUCUAUGCGGUUCAUCAUAUACGCAAUGCCAGUGGUAAUGAAUGGUUGGGCGCGCUCAGUUGGUCCAUAUCCAUGCUGGUCUCACCCUUCGUGGAGACCCUCUGCCGGCGAAAGUCCACCAGACUCCUGGCCGUUGUGGGCGGUCUGGUAUUGUCGCUGGGCAUACUGUUCACUUCCUUUGCCACCGAGGUGGAUCAAGUAAUUUUCAGCUAUGGUUUUGUUUUUGGCAUUGGGGUGUCGAUGGUACGUGAAACCUCGACCAUAAUGUUGGGCAAUUACUUUAAGAAGCGGCGUUUAUUUGUGGAAAUGGUGGCCAUGUCCGGUGAAGGUGUGGGUAUAGCUUUAUUUUCGGUGCUGCUGAAGGAGGGAGUGGGAAAAAUGGGUUGGCGCUCUGGCUUACAAAUUGUGGCGGCCUUAACAUCGAUAAGCUUUUUUGUGGGUCUACUCUAUAGGCCAGCCUCUUUGUAUCAUCCCCAGAGGAGGGCCAUACAACAUUUAAAAAAUCAAAGGAAAAAGUUACGUGAUCAUAAAACGAAUAAUAUUCCUGCGGAACCCAAUAUCUUGAAGAAACUUAUACAAGACAUAUCAAAUUUAAAAUCGGGUACGGUGAAAAUAUUGCUGCUGACUUCGGCAGUGGCAGCAUUGGGUAUAUAUACGCCCAUGUUUACCAUGUCCUUAAAUGCCGCCAAAGAAGGCUCUGAUGUCCAGGAGCUGGUUUUAUUACAAACCAUGUUGGGCAUGUCCACCACCUUGGGUGUUGUUUUGGCUGGAGUUCUGAUUCGAAGGCCGUUUGUGGUACAAAAUUUUGUUAUAUCCACACCCAUAAUAUCACAGGUUUUUCUCUCUGCCGUUGCUCUUUCCAUACUCUUCAUGUCCUUUCUCAUGGGCUACAAGAGUCUGUGUAUUUUAUCCGGCAUUUAUGGGGUGGGCUUUGGCGGUUUUCGUUUCUCUCUGAAAAUGCUGGUGCUAGAAAAAGUGAAACUGAAAUUUUCCAAAACUUGGUCCUUCAUUCGAGGCAUUGAGGCAGUGCCUGUCUUGAUAAGUGUACCCCUAACCAUAUUCCUCAACGACUAUUCGCCCAAAUAUGGUCGUGCUGGUUAUUAUAUAUGUUCUGCAGCUGCUGCCAUAGCUGCCAUCAUAAUUUUCUUCAUUGGCUAUUCAUCGUAUACACAAAACCCCUCCCAACGUUCCCAGGAGAAUGGCAGUGUGGUGCCAAUGGUGCCGCGCAUGCGUUCCAUGUCCACCCAAUAUGUAAGGCACAAAUAUCAACCGGCCUUUACGGUGGACUAUCCCAAAAGCAAUGGCUGUGAUUAUCCGGCCCCUGAUUUGAUCAAUCGUAGCUGUAUUAGUCUUAAUCAAUUGGGUGAGAGUGCCUCGUGUUUGUGUGGCCCCAUGCGGAAUAUGUGCAAUUAUCAUACGCCUGCGCAGCAGCGAAGACACUGUGGUGGUGGUGGUGGUGUUUCAGGUGGUACUAGUGGUCUACAUCAACAAUUGCAGCAGCAAACGCCUCAUCAUCAUGCCAGCGAUAUUGAUGAUCAUCGUUAUCCCUAUGUCUAUGACAAUGGCACGGGCAGUUAUUUGAGACGUAGUCUAUCGUUUAUACAAAAUGCCAAUUGUUGUGGGGCCAAUCAGUUCCAGUUGCAGUGCCAGGCCAAUGUUCAAUGGUCGAAUAGAGAUUUAAGAAUGGAUUCCAACCAGCCCCUACUUUGCACCUGCAGUCCCUCCUCGGGAUAUUUUCAAAGUUGCAAAAGCCAAAGUGUACCGGAAGGUUUGUCCACCAUGUCGCAACAGUGUAAAUGUAAACCACAGCCUUCCAGAGAAUAUAUCUAUGUGCCGCGGCAGCUUUCUCAUCAGCCGCAACAGCUACCGCCACACCUUCAGACACAUCAACAGCAGCAGCAGCAGCAGCAUCAGCUACAACAAACUCACAAUUGUUCCUGUCACAAUUUAAAACAACUUGGCAGCGGCGUCGGAGUUGGCCCACACAUAACAAAUGCUCUAAGUAAACCAUUUAAGGACUCCUUUGGACCACAUGCAUCUGCCACAAUACCUAAAUGUAAACUAAGACGAUCACAAUCCCUUUCGAGACCCAUGACCUAUGUUGAACAAAUGACCACAUCUGUUUAGAUGGUCUACACUUUAAACAAAGACUUGUUGUUAUCCUGUUUCCUUGGUUUUUCAGUUUUUGUCCUUAGUGCAACAUGAAACUAUUUUGUAUUUGUAUUGGAAUUUGACUAUGACCAUUCAAUCACUAUGAGAAAGAAACAAAAAACAGUGAACAUUUUGUGCAUGACUUUUUGGUUUUAAUUCCCACGAAAACAAGACACAAAUCUUAGAAACAACUGUUAGAAAACUUUUCUAGUCCGCAUGUAUUUUGUAACGAGAACUUUUUAAAGGAGACAUGAAAGAAAAAGAGAACAUCAUAGUUUUAUAGUUACUCACAAAACUUCCAACAUAAGGGGUGAAAUUUUUGGAGUGACAAAACUUUUAAUUUUACAUAAUACAAAAUAAAACGAA